UUUUGUAUUUAUUUGGGUAGCGAUGUUGGAAGACCCGCCAGUUGAGUUAAUCAUCCCAUAGCGAACAGGUAGACCGGGUUAAACUGAUUCGAACUUUCUGCUAGUUUUUUCUGAAUAUGUUUGAAUCUCAGGUAGAUAGCAAGAUUUUGUGUAAGACCUUUUUUGUCGAGCGACUUAAGGGUUGUAAAAAAGGUCAUGAUAAAAAAAUUUCUAUCUCUCCUGGAUUUCAAGAUUUACGUGCAAAACCAACAGCUUCACAUCCGGUGAUGACACAUACCUCCAUGGAUGUUGGUAACAUAAUCUCCAUAAUAAUCCCCGAAAGUCCCGACACCACGAUAAACGUCGAUCAACUGACAGCGGAUUUUCGCCGUCAGCUCGAACGGAUUCACAAGCAGAGCCGAGUGAACAAACUGGAGCACGGAUUAGUCACCCUGAAGAACGUUCUGCCACAGAUGUCAAAAGAAGAGAAGAAGAAGUCAUUGCCAUUGAUACGACGAGUCCUCCAAACGCGUCGUCUACGGCCUCCCAAGAAUUCUACGAAGGAAUCGGCUCAGAGGAAAGUCCAGAAGAGCAAGAACACUCGACGCUCUCCUGCGAAGAAUACCAACAACAAUAAUAAACGUAACAACAAAUCAAAGCCAACGGCUAAUACCAAGGCCAAGCCCACGUCGAAGAGGACUCCGAAACAGGUGAAAAAGCAGAAAACGGUGAAGAACCCGGAGGCUUACCUUGUCGAGGACACCCUGGAGCGUCGGCUGAUUGAAAAAAUGAAGAAUGAGGAUGAUCUUUCGUUUAAGGACGAUUAUCGCCAGACCGAGUGGAGGAGUCCAGUUCAGCAGCGGAGACGAUCGAUGUCGGUAGCAAAUCGAGCAGACGGAAAUUCUGAUAUCGUCACAGUUGUGGACUUUGAUAAGAAUGAAGAGCUCUGGAGGCCGUCAUCGGAAAGGGAUAUAAAUCGCCCAAAUCGACGUGCCUCUCAAUUUCCGUGUUCAGAAGGGGCGAACGAAUACAAAGUGCGCAGCACGAAAGAUAUCCGUGGGUUUGAUAUCGGAAGGGAGGAGAAGAAUAAUGAUUGCGACAAGGGUUUUGACGCUGACGGACAGCCGAUUAGCUGCUACAAAGGGAGUGAUGAUGGAGCAUCAGCUGCGAGGGGCGAAGUAAAGGUAUUCAAUUAUCCGGUUGAAGUCCCUUCUUUCAGCGGUGACGAUGAUGAGUUUAAGGGGUUUGAGAGAAUCCUGCAGAGCCCCCAGGAUUCAAUUCGUCAGACGAACUCGACUGGACCAGAUGAGGAAGAUGCGCCUGGGAAGGGAGUUCACGAGCAGAUAGUGGAGGACGUACCGUUGACGAUGAAUCAAGAAUUUCGGGGGGAUGAGAAACGAAUGACGGAGGAUGAGAAACGUCGAAAUUUCGUGACCGAUGACCAAGUUGUGGGGCGCGUACCGUAUUCCAGUGAUGUCGAGGUGAUUCCUAGGGUGGGAAGGCAAUUCGUUGAUUUUGAUAAGAAGAAUUUCGAAAUUAGAAUUGCGAGGUCCAUUGAUAAUCAUUUGGUCAGAGGAUCGAUGGUAAAAUCGAGGGAUCGUGGGGAUUUACAACCGCGAGUAAAUUCUGGCGUCGAUGGUGGUAGGGGAAUGGAGAAGAUGAAGAGAAUGAAGAAACAGGGGAAGAAGAUGAAGAAACCGUGGAAGACGUAUCCGAGAUCAUUGGACAAGCAGGUUAUUCAUGGGAAAAUUUAGUAGAUGAUUAGAGAAUGACGAUAAUUAUUAGUUGUGUAUUAGGGUCACAGAGGAGCGUUUGAUGUUGGUUUAAUAAAUUUUUGGAUGAAAUUAUUCACUUCCCGACCGCUU